CUAAACUCCUAUCUUGUCUCUUUCCUGCACUAGACGCCAUGGCUGCUGCGAAUACAGCAAAAACUCUCCAGGAUGAACUGACCUGUCCCAUCUGUCUGGAGUAUUUUAAAGAUCCGGUGUCUCUAGACUGUGAUCACAAUUUCUGCCAAGCCUGCAUCACCCAGUUCUGGGAGGGAUUGGCUACCGAUGUCUCCUGCCCUCAGUGCAGAGCGACUUUUCCCCAAAGGAACCUCCGGCUGAAUAGGCAGCUCAGGAAUGUUGUGGAAGCAGUCAGAGAACUCAGGUUGUCCUCAGGGAGGGAACCAGAAACAGAGGGACUGUGUGAGAAACACAAGGAGCCUCUAAAACUGUUCUGCAAAGAGGACGAAAUCCCCAUCUGCCUGGUGUGUGACAGAUCCAAGGAGCACAGAGAUCACAUCGUCAUUCCUGCAGAGGAAGCUGCCGAAGAAUUCAAGGAAAAGAUUCAAGCCCAUUUGAAGAUGCUGAGGGAAGAGAGAGAAAAGCUCCUGGGAUUUAAAGUGAGAGAAGAGAAGAGAAGCCAGGAAUAUCUGAGAAAUAUACAAACCAAGAGGGAGAAGAUUGUGUCUGAAUUUCAGCAACUGCGGCAGUUCCUGGAUGAAAAAGAGCAACUCCUGCUGGUCCAGCUGGAGAAGCUGGACAAGGAGAUUGUGAAGAUACAGAAUGAAAAUGUCAGUAAACUAUCUGAGGAAAUUUCCCGUCUCAAUAACGUGAUCAGUGAGAUGGAGCAGAAAUGUGAGAAGCCAGUGACUGAAUUGUUGCAGGACAUCAGAAGCACCUUCAGCAGGUCUGUGAAGGGGACGUUCCAGCAGCCAGAGGAGAUUUCUCCUAAGUUAGAAUUAAGACUCAGUGAUUUCUCCCAGAAAACUGUUGCUCUAGUGGAGACUCUCAGGAAGUUCAAAGACACUCUGCCAUCUGCACUGGAGACAAAAGGAGGAGGAUCCCUAGGAACAUUCAGACAGGCACAUGUGACUCUGGAUCCAGACACGGCUCAUCCCCAACUUGUCCUGUCUGAGGAUCGGAAAAGUGUGAUAUGGAGAGACACACAGCAGAAUCUACCCAACAACCCUGAGAGAUUUGACUGUUGGGCCUGUGUGCUGGGCUGUGAGGGAUUCACCUUGGGGAGACAUUGCUGGGAGGUGGAGGUGAGGGAUGGAGGAGGCUGGGCGGUGGGGGUGGCCAGAGAGUCUGUGGGGAGGAAGAGACGGAUCAACCAUAGCCCUGAGGUGGGGAUCUGGGCUGUGGAGCAAUGGGAGGGUCAGCUCCGGGCUCUCACCUCUCCUGUGACCCCCCUACCCCUGAGCCAGGUCCCCAGCAGGAUCCGGGUUUGUCUGGACUGUGACCGGGGGCAGGUGACAUUUAUCAAUGCUGGUGACGAGGCCCCGAUCUUCAUUUUCCUGCUGGGCUCCGUCCCUGGGGAGAGAAUCCGCCCCUGGCUCUGGGUGGCUGGGAUCCAGCUCAGACUGUGUCCCUGAGCCGGGACGGGGAGG